AAAAAGGUCGAUGCCAACUUUAUCCAGAAAGGCUAUGAAGAAUUCCUCAUCAAGAACAAAAAACCUCCUCCAACUAUGCCAAAAAAGAAGCCACUAACAAAGGAGCAGAAGAGAGCAGAGAUGAGGAAAAGAGGCAUUUUCGUCGAAGCUGACGAUACGGAAAUGGACUAUUCGGAUAUGGAAAAAAUGGCUUCGGUACAACAUCCAGCCGUAUGCCAUAUGCGAACUCGGAGGUUGAAAUGGAAGAAGGAUUCAGCCGAAUCCACUCGAGAAGAGAGCCCACCUAAGCGGUUGUUCGCAAAAAAUUUGGGUCAUGUUGCCUUCUCUCCGCUGGAUUGCUAUCAAGGACAUCACGUAAACUUGCGCAGUGUAGUAGUAGCAGUACCUAAAAGACCAGCUAUCGUUUUGACGUACAUUAAGGAUCAUCAAGCUUCCUGA